UAAAUGUCCACUUCGCAGCUGAAAAAAAAGUGGCAAGAAGAAGAAGAAACGAGGCGUAAACAAGAGAUAAAGUCCUUUGACAGUCUAAUAAUCACAAGAUCGUCUACAGCUGAGCAACCAGUCCAAUUCGCCACAAUCAUGAAGAAAAAGGUUCUGUUGAUGGGUAAAAGUGGUUCUGGAAAGACCAGCAUGAGAUCCAUUAUAUUUGCUAAUUACAUAGCUAGAGAUACAAGUCGUCUUGGUGCAACAAUUGAUGUAGAGCAUUCUCAUGUUCGUUUCCUGGGAAAUCUGGUUCUCAACCUGUGGGACUGUGGAGGUCAGGAAGCAUUCAUGGAGAAUUACUUUGCAUCACAAAGAGACAAUAUCUUCAAAAAUGUGGAAGUUCUAAUUUAUGUGUUUGAUGUGGAGAGCAGAGAACUUGAGAAAGAUAUGCACUAUUAUCAAAGCUGCUUGGAGGCCAUCUUGCAAAAUUCCCCUGAAGCUCGAGUGUUUUGUCUCAUUCAUAAGAUGGACUUGCUUCAAGAUGAUCAGCGGGAUGUUAUAUUUCGUGAGAGGGAGGAUGAUCUUAAACGGCUUUCGAAACCUCUGGAGUGCGUUUGCUUUAGAACUUCUAUCUGGGAUGAAACUUUAUACAAGGCAUGGUCUAGUAUUGUUUAUGAAUUGAUACCUAAUGUCAAGGAAUUGGAACAAAAUCUCAAAGAUUUUGCAACCAUAAUUGAUGCCGACGAAGUGCUUCUUUUUGAGCGCGCAACUUUCCUAGUCAUCUCCCACUACCGCAUGAGACCUCACAGAGAUGUCAAUCGAUUUGAGAAGGUGUCAAACAUUAUCAAGCAGUUUAAGCUUUCUUGCAGUAAGUUAGCUGCACAGUUCCAGAGCAUGGAAGUGAGGAACUCAAAGUUUGCUGCUUUUAUCAACCUAUUUACAUCGAAUACAUAUUGCAUGGUCAUCAUGUCCGACGCUUCAAUUCCUUCAGCAGCCACUUUGAUUAACAUCAAGAAUGCACGAAAGCACUUUGAAAAACUGGAAAGGAAUAGCCAAGGUCAUUUAGCCCUGUCAAGAUAAGUCACUUUUCAUCUUAAGUGUAUGAGUGUACAGCCUUGUGUGAAUUUUGACAUGCUAGCUUUACAUUAGAUUUUGUAUUUUUGAUAGCUGACACAAAUGUUUGUUUUCAUUCGACUGAAAAAUUAAGCAUGUAAUUUCCAUGCUAAACGCAUUGACUAUAAUGUGAAAGAGUAAAGAAAUGUUCAGUUUAAAUAAUCUAGGGUUGUUUUGUACAAAUGUUAUUAAAUUGAGGUUAAGAUCUUCAUUGCAAUGUUUCCAUGCAUUGUAAUUAGACUUGGUAGGAAUUAAAUACUACAGUAAGCAGUAUGUAUAUGAAAUGCUGUUACCCAUUGUUCUUUGAUACUGCAAAGAUGAAAAAAAUUGCGUAUAUGAAGUGUUGUGUAAAUUUUCACCCCAGUAUGUGUACAGAGAAUUUAUCCAAUUUUAUAUUUAUAGUAGUAUGUUAAGAGAGUAAUGUAUGGAAUAAACUUACUCAUUGAUGGGUCACUUACUGCAGAGCUUGAAUCUUGGGGAAAUGGAAGAAAUUUGAACCAGAUUACUGUAAAUACAUCAUAAAUCAACAUUAACCUGGCGAUCAGAAUACUAAUAUACUAUACUGCCAUGCAAUUCCCUUAGUAGAGAAAUAAGGUUAUUGUAAGGAUGAGACACAGUAAUGUAGUACAGUAUAAAAUAAAUUUUAAAUUCUGUAUUGAUUUUGCAACUUUAUGGAUAUUUUUCUGUCAUGGAUAGUUUUCUGUCAUGUUGAUAUACGUAUACUGGCAUAUGGUACAACUGUCCUUGCUGGAUAUGUGUAUCUUAUUGUUCUUACUACUGUACAUAUUUCUGUCUUAUUGUGUUCUACUAGUAAUAGUGAUUAUUAAUUUUGCAGCUAAAAAUUCAAGUGCUGGAUACUUGAUAACGUUACUGUAAACUAGUAAAAUUAUUGUAGUACUACUGGGCUGACCAGAAAAACUGGAAAGUAGUAACUGGCUGAAUGAUGUGUCAUCUUUUGAAUUUUGAUUGUGCUAUUGUAGGAACACUAAUAUCUGUUGGUAGAGUCUAUGUCUUUGAACUAUUAAUUAGUUUAUUAUUUUAGAUAUAUAUUGUUAAUCUUAACUGUGCUCACUUUCACAAAGGCAUUACGUAUUGCUCUACAUUGUCAACAUCUAGAAACUGUGUUUUAAAUUGUUUAAAUUAUAUAUUGGAAAAGUUGUUUUUUCCCUGAAAAACAGACAUGGUGAUGGUAUACUGUAUUACAAAGCCAUAAGAUUAAGGGCUAAUAACAAUGGAAUAUUAAUUACAUAGAGCAUUAAGCUUUCUUGUUGCUUAUAUUAGUUGUGGUUGAGGAACCAUUUUUAUUGCCAGUACAGUAUUAGUGAGCAUGAGGAUUACUUACGGGAAAAACAGUUGACAGGCUUGACAUUCAAAAUUAAACUUAGUGUAAGUUAAGGAAAUUAGUUAUAUGAAAGACCUGAUGUUAACGUUGAAUUCAAUACAGUUGAAAAGGGGGGAAAUCAGAAAUGACUGCAUGGAGUAGUAAACAUUGGUAUUCCUGAAAUCUAUUGAAAAACCUUUAUUAGAAAGGUAAUGUUAAGGGAAAUUUCAAAUUUUACAUCCAGGAUAAUCUUAACCAGUCUCUGUACAUAUUUAACGGGCAGCAAGUCUGUACAGUACCUUGAAGUCGUUUAGGAGUUGCCAAUAUAAAAUACUAGUACGUAUCAAGAUUAGUACUUUUUAUUGGUAACUUCCUCAACAACUGCUGCAAGCACAUACAGUAUUAGCACAACUGAAACUGACUGAAAACUUUACUUUCACACAAUGUGCAUCAUUCUUAUAUCAAAUAUGUAUUUUUCUGUUACUAAAGAUGAUCGUGUAAUGGUUUUGUGAGAAUUAUGUUUUCAAAUGGAAGCUCAAUAAAAAGCAGUUUUAAAUAACUUAAUCAUAUAGGAACGGAUGAUUGCUUCUGCAAAGGGACCCAGAAAUGGGAGGAAUGAAUUCUAAAUAACUUGUCGUAUGAAAAGUCUCAGUUGCUAUUAAAGGAAGAGUUAAUUAUGACAUUAUCAUUGUUUUUUAAAGUAAACACUGUUAUUCAUCUAGAACAACUUGUAAUUACUGCUGUAUAAAAAUUUUAGUGUCUAUAGCUUAAUUCCAGUGCAGGUAUUGUAAAUAAAUGGAGAUGUAAUAGGGUUUUUUAACUCUCUUUGGAAUGUGACUUGCCUUUUUGCAUUCCACGUUUGAAGUAUCCGAAUGACUUUCAUAAGGUUUUGAGUUCCUUAUUUCUUUUGAUAGUCAUGCAGAAAUAAAACAGUUUUUGCCA